UUGGGGUGGCAUGUAUUGAUCGUCCAAGCAUCAAGCCGUAAGCUUCGAACAUUGUCUCACACGUCGUCCCUUCGAUCGUCCACAACACUGAGGUGAGCCUGAUGGGUAUUGUAGCUCAAUUUGCUAGGUAAGGAAGAGGUCGGUUCCAAGACAGAGUGAAGGUGUCUGCCUUCACACAGUAACUUUGAAGCCACCAGGACUGAAAUGCAGGGCUCUCGGUUCCAAAAGUAAGGCAAGGGUGCAUUCAGGGGGUUAUGAUGUCCUGCAUUAGUAGAAGGUACAAUGGUAAUCCAGGCCCCUCUGCUCCCUCACAACACGUUUGCACGAAGCACCAGCUCAGGUUUAACUCAUUAGCUAUAAAGAUAGCGUUUGCACAAUAAGCCAUAGCUUGCCAGUCAGCUGCCCAGCAGAUAGCUUCUUGGUUUGUUUGCUCAGACCAAACAUUUCCAGCCAAGUAGAUGUUAGGAGCCAGGGUUAAGGAGCAAAGGAAAUGACAAGCUUUCCUGCCCAGUCUAGGCUGCCAUCUGCAGGGCACUGCAUCUAACCAUGUGGCUGCCUCUGCUUCUGGGUGCCUUGCUGUGGGCAGUGCUGUGGUUGCUCAGAGACCAGCAAAGACUCCCUGCCAGCAACGCUUUCAUCUUCAUCACUGGCUGUGACUCAGGCUUUGGGCGCCUUCUGGCACUGCAGCUUGACCAGAAAGGCUUCCGAGUCCUGGCCAGCUGCCUGACCCGCUCUGGGGCAGAAGACCUACAGCAGAUGGGCUCCUCCCGCCUCCACACAACACUGCUGGAUGUCACUGACCCCCAGAAUGUCCAGCAGGUUGCCAAGUGGGUGAAGACACAUGUUGGAGAAACUGGGCUUUUUGGUCUGGUGAAUAAUGCUGGUGUGGCUGGUGUCAUUGGGCCUACACCAUGGCUGACACAGGAUGAUUUCCAGCGCGUGCUGAACGUGAACACACUGGGUCCCAUUGGAGUCACCCUUGCCCUACUGCCCCUGCUACAAAAGGCCCGGGGCCGGGUGGUCAACAUCACCAGUGUCCUGGGUCGUCUAGCAGCCAGUGGCGGGGGCUACUGUGUCUCCAAGUUUGGACUGGAGGCCUUCUCUGACAGCCUGAGGCGGGACAUGGCUCCAUUUGGAGUACAAGUCUCCAUUGUGGAGCCUGGCUUCUUCCGAACCCCUGUGACCAACCUGGAGAGUCUGGAGAACACGCUGAAAGCUUGUUGGGCCCAGCUACCACCGUCUACACAGGCCCACUAUGGGGAAGCCUUCCUCGCUUCUUAUACAGAUCUCCAAGCACAGCGUCGCAUCAUGAACCUGAUCUGUGACCCAGACCUAACGAAGGUGAUCAGCUGCCUGGAGCAUGCCCUGACUGCUCGUCACCCCCGAACCCGCUACAGCCCAGGCUGGGAUGCCAAGCUGCUCUGGCUGCCAGCCUCCUACCUUCCAGCCAGCCUGGUGGAUGCUGUGCUGUCCUGGGUCCUUCCCCAGCCUGCCCAGUCAAUCUACUGAUUCCAACUUUCCAGCAAGAGGCUGAUUUUGAAAGGUCUGAAAAAAUAAUCCGUUUAAUUGAAAAACCUGGAGAAUCCACUUCCUUAGAUGAAGAGACAGAAGAGACCAGACCCCUCCCCCCUACAUUACUUCAUAGCCACUUCGGAUACUUUUCACCAGACAGCAAGAGAAGAUAAUUCCCAGGACCU